AUGAGAUUCUCAACUACCACCAACACUUCCCCUGCUCUCAAUACGGGCAAUGAGCCUGAAGCUCCUGAACAUCCUGACUAUUUGCGCAUGAUCUUGACAGCUCGUGUCUAUGACAUUGUAAAAGAAACUCCACUCCAAGAAGCUGUUAACCUUAAUGCAAAAAUCGGGUCCAAGAUCUACCUCAAGCGUGAGGAUUUGCAGCCUGUAUUUUCUUUCAAGAUUCGCGGUGCUUACAAUCGUUUGGCUCACCUGACGGACGAGGAAAAGAAGCGAGGUGUCAUUGCUUGCUCUGCUGGUAAUCAUGCUCAGGGGGUUGCCAUCUCAGCUCAGAAACUAGGCAUCAAGGCCAAGAUUGUUAUGCCUGUGCCCACUCCUGCCAUUAAAUGGCGAAAUGUAGCAAGACUUGGUGCUGAGGUCGUUUUGUUUGGAAAUGAUUUUGACGAGGCCAAGAAGGAGUGCGCUAGACUGACUGCUGAAGAGGGCCUGCUGGAUAUUCCCCCCUUUGACGAUCCUUACGUAAUUGCUGGCCAGGGCACCAUUGGUAUGGAAAUCCUGAGACAACAUGAUGUAAGUAAGAUCUCUACCAUCUUCAUCCCCAUCGGCGGUGGUGGUUUGAUCGCCGGUAUCGGUAGCUAUGUCAAGCGCAUUGCUCCUCACAUCAAAAUCAUUGGCGUGGAAACGCAUGACGCUUGUGCCAUGAAGCAAAGUUUGAAGGCCGGAGACCGUGUGUUGCUCAAUGAAGUGGGUCUAUUUGCUGAUGGUGCUGCUGUACGUAUGGUUGGUAAAGAAAACUAUCGUUUGGUCACUAGCUUCAUUGACGAUGUUGUGCUUGUGAAUAAUGACGAAGUGUGUGCUGCUAUCAAGGACGUAUUCGAAGAUACUCGAUCUGUCUGUGAGCCUACAGGUGCUCUUGCGUUAGCUGCUAUCAAGAAAUACCUCCACGCUCAUCCCGAAGCUAAAGAUGAUGUCCAUGUAGCCAUUGUUUCUGGCGCCAAUGUCAACUUUGAUCGUCUUCGAUUUAUUGCCGAAAGAGCCGAAUUGGGUGAAAAGACGGAGGCUUUCUGUACAGUUAUCAUUCCCGAGAGACCAGGCAGCUUUAUGAAGAUGAUGAGUAAAGUGCACCCCCGUGCUGUUACCGAGUUUUCGUAUCGCUUCUCGGAUCCUAAUGAAGCUCACAUUUACAUCUCAUUCAAGGUCAAGAAUCUGGAGACUGAGGUCAAGGAAAUCUUGGACGGAUGGAGUGCAGAGGGGUUUCGUGGUAUUGAUGUGAGCGACAAUGAGCUGGCCAAAUGUCAUGCGCGUUAUAUGGUCGGUGGUAGUCGACCUGUCAAUGAACGUGUGUUCAGAUUCAUAUUCCCUGAACGUCCCGGCGCAUUGACCCGAUUCUUGGAAGGAUUAGAUUCUACUUGGAAUGUUUCCUUGUUCCAUUACCGUAACCAUGGCGACGACAUGGGUAAAGUCUUCUUGGGUGUUCAAGUGCCUCCUGAGGAAUCAGAGCAGUUCAACGAGUAUCUGGUGAGACUUGGCUAUCAAUACAUUGAAGAGACAGACAAUGUGGUAUAUAAAUCAUUUUUGGGUUAG